UUCCAGCAGGCUCGGCAGCUUCAUCCUCUCAUGGUCCCGGUCCUCAUGGUCCUGGUCCUCAUGGUCCUGGUCCUCAUGGUCCCAGUCCUCAUGGAGCGGGAGAGGCGAAUGAGUGUGGAGCAGCUUGAGACGUCUGGAUUGUCCCUCAGGCUGGUGCGCUCAUGAUGUUCUUCUGUGACGACACUCCGUCCUCGGACUAAGUCCACUCUUGGACUCAGGACUACAGGACUACCAGCCUCCCCACAUGCUGCCCCUCCGGCUGCGGAGGUCGCUUACAGCCGCAGGGUUGUGCCUGCUCCUCGUCGCUGUCCUCCACAAACACAUUCUCCACCAAGGUCACCUGUCGAGCGGAAGUUGCGAGGUGGUUAUGAUGGACCGGGACAGCAGUCAGCCCAGAAGGACCAUCGCCCGGCAGACGACCCGCUGUGCCUGCAGGAAAGGACAGAUCGCAGGAACUGUGCGAGCCAGGCCGGCCUGCGUGGACGUGGACAUCGUCUCCAGUCGCCAGUGGUGUCUCAUGGGUCCAUGUUUGGACCACGAGGACUGCCACCUCCUCCUCAACCAGUCGGGCUGGACCUGCACGCAGCCAGGAGGCCGAGUCAAGACCACCACGGUCUCCUGACAGGAAGUAACAUGACCGCCGUCCGUCUCAGUCAACACUCGGACAAGAAGAUUCCUGUCGAGGUUCACCUUCCCGGGGAAAAGUUGAGUCCACGGCAAAGAGCCAGCGACAACAAGUGCGUGAGGUACUAG